UUCGAUUAUUUGACUAACAACGAUUUUGAAAUUUUCAUGGCAACGAAUAAACGCGUUAACAAAACGUUUUCUUAAUAUAUUUUUCGAUGUUUCCAAAUCGACACGAAUAAAUUUCCAAAUGAAUAUCUCAAUGUUGAUAUUCGCUUUCGAAUUGUGCAAGUAUCUUCGCCUCUUUCACGCGUGUUUUCAAAUCAAAGCUGGCGUUUGAGCAGAAUGGCGAACAAAAUUCUUAUCAUCUUGAAGUUUAAACGCAUUUUAUUAUCUAUUGACACUUUGAUAUAAAUUUACAUAAACAGAAAUAAAAAGUUUUAUUUACUUUCCAAAAUUCAGGGUCGUAUUUAUACCUUUGUACGAAUACAACGAGCAAAUUAUAUUUCGUCAAGAUAUUAACCAAAGAAUCGCGCGAAUUCCUUCCAAACUAUUUCCAAGAAGAAAAUCGAAAACCAGUUUCAUCGAAAAACGAACGCAUCGACCUCCUCUUACUCGACAACAAUUUAUGUACACAAAAUAACGCGUGUAUGUAACAUUGAGCUUAAAACCUCGACCAAAUCGCACGAUCGAAUGAUCAAACGAUAAAAACUAACUAAAUUUCUUAAAAAAAUCACCCGAUAACGCUUAUUCACGAGUAAUAAACUGAUCCAGAAAAAAGAGAAAGAAAAACCAAACUUUUCCCUGAAAUCGUUAAGAAUUCGCCAAAAAGGGGAUCGAACCUUUAAAAGAAGAGGAAGAAGAAAGCGGAAACAUGAAGAACGGUCACCCGAUUAUAACAGCGACGUCUUCGUCGAGCCUGGUCAAUCCGGAUUCCACGUCCUCGAACGAGCCUGCGGAACCGAUCAUCAGAUUGAAGCUGGACAAACCGCUCAACUGGGAGUGGGAGCUGACCACGUCCGCGGACACGCUUCCUGUGAUCCAGCUGUUGGACAAGGAUGGCCGCGUUCUGGUCGAGACCAGCGGGCGCACGGCCCAGCGGGCCAGGGGCUCGUUCCGGGAUGGCCUCAAGUCGCACGAGGAGUUCCAGACGAGGGCCGAGGGCCAGUCCGUUUCCACCUCGUUCGCGUCCUCCUCCUCCUCCAGCCCUCCGCCACCGCCGGUUCAAGGGAACAGGAACGUGGACGGGUUCAGCAGCAAGUUUGGCACGUUUCAGUUCGGUUACAAGCCUAGGAAAUCGAGGAGCGAGGUGUCGGUGAAGGAGAGGGAUAAGAAGGGGAGGAGGAAGAAUCGAAAAUCCGGGGAGGAGGAGUGGAAAGAUUCGAGGAAGUAUUCCAUGGGUGAUUACCUGAGGCAGCAGAUCAUAGACGAUCUCUACGGGAGGAGGGAAACGUCGGCCAAGAGCGCCGAGGAGAUCGCCAGAGAGAGGUGCAAGAAGGUGAAGGCUUACCUGAGGAGUCGAAGCGAGACACUGCCCAGCCUGGUCCACGUGGAGGAGGAAGAAGAAGAGGAGAACGAUAUACAAGGCGAGAAAAUCGCAACUCCUCAUCCAAGAAACGAAGAAGAAGAAGAAGACGCGAGAUCGAAAACGGUCGACGACAACGCAAUCGUGCCAAUCGUCGAUAUUUUAAAACAGGUAGAGGACGACGAAGCUGGAAGCGAGCGGAGGAGGAAGAAGGAGGAACUGGAAAGGGUAAGGUCGUUCCUACGAAGGAAGAUACAGCAGAGGAUGGAGUUGGAACGAUCCGACGGGGGAUCGACGGCCGGUAUUCAGAAGAGGUACUCGUGUUACGGGGAGGCGGAGGAGCGGCUGGGUUAUCGGACUCGAAAGGUGCGGAGCGAGACGAGCGUGAUCAGGUUGGAUCGGGAGAGCGUCGUCGAGGGGGACAGAGGGCAGAAGGAUAGGAGGCAGAUGGAGAGAUGGCCGAGGGACGACAACAACAGGUCUCGUUCCAGGGAUAAGUCGGGGCAAAAAGCGUACGGGCGGUCGAGGAGCGAGACGAUCCUCGAGGCGGCGGAAACGGGCUUCGAGGCGAGGGAUUCGGCCCUCGAGAAACGGAAGCUGUACCGAAAGGCGAGGAGCGACGCGUUGGUGGGUCAGAUGGGUGGCAGGAGCGCGGAGGGGGAUCGUUGGAGGGGGGUGGCGAGGAGAACGACGACGGUGAUGGACGAGACGUGGCGCGAGUACAAGGAGAGGAAGAAGCACGAGAGGUUGCGUCGCGACACGGAGGGGAAGGAAGAAGAUCGAACCGAUCUAUGCACUUUCCGCGAUUGCAAGAUCUGUCAGAAUCUGAGGGAUUGCGCCGCGAGGAGGGGGGAGAAGCAGACGAGAAAUCCCGGGAGCCCGGAGAACGGAGAUGGACGGAGGGACGAUACUUCCGAGCUUCUGAUUUCUCUGAACGAUCCCGUGAACGAGGAAGGCCGAGCGAGCACCAGUCUUAGGGGGAACUAUCCGCUCGUCGUCGGCAACGAGGUCGAUGCCUCCCCGAAGAAUCACGUACUCGUCAAGGUACGAGGAGCGAGGAAUCGCGAGGCUCACCCGUCCAACGUGAAUUCGCCUGAUUGCGGUUACAAUACGAUUCCUAAGAAGACUUUUAACGAUUACAAGGAAUUGUACGCGAGAUCGAACGUGAAGAAGAGCGACACGUUUAAGAUCGUGGAUGGAAGCGAGGGGAUCGAGGAAGAUGUCGAGGAGGAGGAGGAGGAAGAGGAGGAGGAGGAGGAGGAGGAGGGAGAGGUGGUUGGGGAUGGAUCGAUCGACGGUUUCGAUUAUUCGAACGGUGAGGGUGUGUUGACGAACAAGUCGAACGAGGAUAUCGCGAGGGAUUACUUUAAAAGGGUGUACGAGUUGUUGAAGAGACGGCAGAAGGAGGCGAGGAGAGUGGCGGAGAAGCAGGAAGUGGCGGGCCGCGAUGAUUCGUCGUCGUCUAAUUACGCGGAGAAGGUGCAAAAGAGGAGACUGCGGCGGAAGAAAAAGGAACGGGGCACGCAAGGUAAUAUUUCAACUAUAAACGAGCUGCAAAAUAUAACAUCUUAUCGCGAGGAAGUCGUAACCGUGGCUCCGGCGAGCGGAGGUCAGGACAGUUGGAAAGUGCAGAGGCUCUCGUUGGGAGGCGGGGAAUCGGCGAGCAAUCGUCGUAAAGGCUGCCGUCCCCAAUUACAGGCGGGGAGCAAGCGAGCAAGGCCGCCACCGCCGAUACCCGGCUUGUCGUGCAAGGUUAAUGCCAAGGACGUGGACGGGUGGUACCCGUUCGACCACUGGCCGAACAAGGAGAACACGCCCGGAAAUGGCGUGAACAACGGGGAGGGAACGAACGACGACGAGGCGAAGCUCGAGAAGAAACUCGGCUCGGACAUGGGCUCGAAUCUGAGCCGGCACAACGGCAAGGGCCUUACGGGGCGGAGGACCCAGUCGUCCGGCAAUUUGUGCGACCCGAAAGGGAAGUUGAACAGCAUGGGGAAGAUAUUGGUCCCGUGUUCCAGCGCGCAGAGGGAGAGAUACAAAUUCUGUGGCUCGUUGCCGAAUCAUCUGGACGACAAGGACGCGUUGGACGACGAUCCGAAGGAAAAUAAUAACGUAAUGACGGAUACGAUCGGUGGGAAUCUUGGUGGGACAUUGCCGCACAAGAAACGAUCGUUGGGCGUGCAUUUCUCGGACGGAGGACCAACCGGGACUCUGGACCUCGUGAAACAUCGAUCCCAAGAUUCUUUGGACGAGAACGAUCCUUGGAGGUAUCAGCAGAGCGAUCUCGAUCUGGUGCGAUGCCGUCACGGUAAUUUCGACUCGGUGAGAAGAAAUCGGAACGCCGAGACGUUGUCUGGCGAUUCGGCGAGAAGGUAUACACGAGGCACGUCCCUUGAGGACAGAUGUCACCGAAAUUCGGAACUGGAUCUGGUGGGCACGCUGCCGAAACGGAAGCAGGACAGCAGGAACGGCGGCGGGAAGAGCGGGGCGAGCUUGGAAACGAACUCUUCGUCGUCCCAACCGUGCGUCCCAGACGCGGCCGACAACGAUCUUCUGAUGCAGAUCGUGCACAAGCCCGAUUGCGAGUUGGUCAGGCAUCGGCAACAGCUCGGCAAGUGCAUCGAUUUGAAGUUGAGCAAACUGGCUGGCGGGGAACCGCAGGAUCAAGGUUACGCCUCGGAACGGUCCCCGGAGGACGAGCAUCCUCCCUCUUUGCCGGGCCAACCCUUCCCGAAUAUCACGGCCGAGAGCACGUUCCGAGUGACAUUGCAGAAAAGCAGCCGAGGACUCGGUUUAAGCGUUUCCGGCGGUGGGACAGCCGGCCCUGUCAGGGUUAAAAGACUGUUUCCUCAACAACCUGCAGCCUUAUCCAACAAACUUCAACCUGGCGAUAUACUUUUGGCUGCCAAUGGAAUUCCUUUAACCGGCCUCACCAACUAUGAGGCCCUCGAAGUUCUACGAACGACGCCCAGUACCGUCGAGUUAGUGGUGUCCCGACUUCCGGGUGAUAUGAGUGUCACGCCACCGGGCGCACCACCACCACCCCCGGCAAGGCGUGAACCACCACCACCACUGCGAAUACUAAAUCCUCUGCCACCCCUUCAAAUCGAACCCUGCGGCGAAUUCGACAUAGAAAUGACAAAGGUCGGUGGCAGCCUGGGCUUCACUCUGAGGAAGGCGGAUAGCAGCGCGCUCGGCCAUUACGUGAGGGCGUUGGUACGCGAGCCGGCGUUGAGCGACGGCCGUAUUCGGCCCGGGGACAAAAUAGUCGCCGUUGACGGUGCACCGUUGUCGCCCAUGAGCCACGAAGAGGCUGUCCAACUGCUGCGACAGUGCGGCCCCACCGUCAGAUUACGGUUGUACAGGGAUCUCGCGCAAACUCCUGUCUCCGCUCUUUCUCCGACCGAGCCCGAUCACCCACUCCGUCCACCACGUACCAGUUUGAGACAAGAGGCUGUAGACAUGCUGUGCGAUCUGGCCGUUCGAAAAUUGUCGCCGGGUACGUCGAGCGGGUCUAGUUGCAAACAAUCAUCCGGAACAUCUUGCAACUCUCCGAGAAGACUACGCCGCCUUGCUACGCGUACUCCCACUGCCGAUGAAGAAACUGUGGAGAAGCAUCCGAGCGUGCACACGACAUCGACGGCCAGCCAGGCGGAGACAUCCGAUUCCGACCAGUGCUCGAUCAGGACUCAGAUAACGAAUUCCCAGCCAAACACACCUGGAACUGACAUAAUCGAUCCGCCACCCCUGUACGACGUCUGCGACUCGAGCGAUUCCUCCAAGACACCUGCCCGCCCGAGUUUCCUCGACUUGUCCGCCCCCCAGGGGAAGCCUCGUUUCCAAUUCUGCAACCUGGACUCGGAUCUCGAUUAUCCCGGUGUCGGGGACGCGAUCAUCAUCGAGGACGAGCUACGCACGAGCACCACGUCGGACGGCGAUUACGAGAGGAUCGAGCCUUCGUCGAUCGCGUUGUCGAGCAACGACCACGACAACGAUCUACCCUCGGAACCGGCCUCGAUGCCGCCCGUACUUUCCUCGACCAGCAGCACGAGCAACGCGGCGUUCAGUUACAAGAAUCCCGCUUAUCAAAGCGCAAAUCCAGCCUGCGGCGCCGGCAUAGACGCCACCUCUGUGACGAAAAACAAGGCCACCCACUCGAGCGACCAGGACAUACCAGGGAAAAUCUUAGGAGCAGAAGAUCCGGGUGGUAGCAAGGGUUUGUUGAAGUGGAAAGGCGUGAUGUUCGCCCCAGAUGAUGGAAUAGAUAAAGCUAAAAAUGAAGAGGAGAAGAACGGGAAAGACACCACGGAUUCAGCUGCCCUUAAUAAAAAUCUUGAACAAGGAAUCGAGGUGUUCAUGGUAGAGCUGACACGUGGUUGGAAUAGUCGAUUAGGAUUCAGCUUGCAACCGGAAGGAAAUCGUACAGUUAUAUCAGUGGUACACCCUGAUAGCGUUGCAGCUAAGGAUGGAAGAUUAAAACAAGGAGAUGUGCUUAUGAUGGUAAAUGAUGAAAGUGUUGAGCAUAUGACGACAGCUGAUAUAAUAGAUCUGUUACGCAAAAUAAGAGGUUCUAUAGGUAUUACAGUGAUGAGACGAAGCAAACGAGAGAACGUAACGUGACGUUAAUCAAGUUAAUUGAAGAACUUGAUUAACAAAAAUGAAAAAAACUUUCACGUUUAUCAUGGUAUCACGUUUUUUUCAUUUUCAAAACUAACAUUCAAUUUACGAACGAAAUGUUACGAUAUAGGUCAAUUCUUCGUUCUUCGUUUUCAAUAUGAAUUUUAUUAGCUUAUUAAAAGACAAUUUGUGCGUUAACUAUUUAUAAAUGGAAUCGAUAUGUUGAUCGAGUGCAAUAUACAUAUAUAAAUGUUGCUGUGAAUACAAUUGUAAAUAUAAUAUACGAGAAUCGAAGCCUUAGAUAUGAUUACUUUUUCAAAAAGAAUGCAAUUCAUGCGAUUAUUAUUGCAUAAUUAAUCAAUUGUAAUUGCAUUCGUUAUAACACUCCAUCUAAUAUUUAAAUUUAAUUAUUGUAUAUUUCAAAAAUUACAUUAUUUGUGUAGAUGAGAUAAAAAUAUCCAAUUGCGGUUUAUUGAAACGAGCUUUUUUAGAGUUCGUUUAAAGUAAUAAGACUGCUUUAAAAAAUAGAAUAUGGCGAAGGUAUAUAUGAAUAAUAGUUGUUUGCCAUAUAGAUAUUUAUUCAAUAAAUACGGAAAUAUGAUAGUGCUCUUUAUUUUUACGUAAUUUCUUAAAAAUUAUAAAAACUUCAUAUUUGAGUAUAUAUAUAGAUAUAUUAUCGGUUGUAAAAACAUCAAUAUUUUUAUAAAUUUUCGCUCUGAGCAAACCUCUCUAUCUUUUAGAGGAUUUGAAACCACAAGACAUUCAAUGUAUAAUUGUAAAAAGUUUAUAUUAUAUCUAACUUGUAUGAAUAUCUCAAAGACACUAUUUACAAAUAUUUUAAAUUUUAAUGAAAGAUAUUUUAAUAUCAUGAGGAAUAUCUAUGUUGAAAUUUGAUUGUAGAAAUUAGGCUGAAUUAAAUUUAUAACGAGAAAUUCUUGUUGCUAUCAAUUUCCUAGGCAAAAUAAAUAUAUGUUUUUAAAAUUCGUUAGGGGAAAGCCUUUAAAUAUAAAUUUUUAAAUGAGUAAAAUCGAAAUUCGAAAGUCUUGUGAUUUAAAAAGUUAGUAUGAUAAUUAAAAUUUCACUGAAAAAGAUUAAAAUGCACGGUUUCGAAUCCUACAUCCAUUAAAAAUUAACAAAUUCGUCAACACGACAUAAAUUGCUUCUUGACAAUCCAACGAUUGUCCACUGUAAUUGAAUGAAAACUUUCUUGAAUUUCAAGAAAAGUGUUUACAAUGUGAUUCAUCGUGAUAAUCUUUUUGAAAAAAAAAAAA